GCGUGUCUGUCCACCCAGGUCUACCCUUUACAACUCUUGAGUCGCUCUCGACACAACUCUUACACCAUCUCUUGAACCAGCUCUCUUAUCCAGAUCUCCUUCAUGGAUGCGGCCGGCUCAACAAACCCCAUCUUGGUGAAGCUCGCCACUGCGAAGGAGCACAAGAAUGUCGGCGAUCAAGCGUUCAAAGCUGGAGAGGUGAAGCAAGCUCUGCAAGCUUAUCACAUGUCACUGCUCUAUCUGCAAGGCAUAGACAAGUCUGGUCUCCAAUCGGCACUUGGGGGUGACUCUUCGUCUGGCGACAAGACUCAGGAGAAAACAGAGGCCGACGAAAUGCUUGAGAAGAUCUAUGCAAACAUGGCUGCCUGCCAUAUAAAGAAUUCGAACUGGAAACGAGUCCUUGAAUGUGUAGACAAGACUCUUGCAAAGAAUCCGAAUAACUAUAAAGCUCUCUUCCGGAGAGCGAAAGCCCUGGGAGAAACAGGUUAUUUCGAGCGCGCGGAAAAGAUCUUGGAAGACAUCAUGAAGAAAAGCCCAGCUGAUGAACCUGCUGCCAAAGCGGAGCUGGCCCGUCUACGAGCCAUGGAUAAGGAGCGAGAACGCAAGCAUAACCAGAAGCUGAAAGGAUGGCUCAGCCGGGACAAGAGUGCACUGAAGGACGAUACUCCGGAAAGUCUGGUGGAGCAGGUGAAGUCUGCGAAGAUCGAAGAACUCAACGAUGAUGCCUGAAAAUCAUGCCGUGUAUCUGACUAUGCCAUAGAGGCUACGGAUUUACUUUGCUCUGCCGUUUUGCUGUGCGUGUUCAUUUGUAUCUUUCUCGUACGAACGUCGAUGGCGGUGAUAUACAACUGCUUUG